AUGGAUCGCUUUCGGAUGAUCUUCCAGUACUUCCAGUCCAACUCGGAGUCUGUAAUGAAUGGAAUAUGUGGGUUGCUAGCCCUGGCCAGUAUAAAGAUUUAUACCUGCUUUGACUUCAGCUGCCCCUGUGUGCCCCAGUACAACAUGGCCUACGGCUUGGGGAUCCUGUUCGUGCCCCCCAUUGCCUUCUUCCUCUGUGGCCUCAUCCUCAACAGACAGUCCCUGGUGAUGCUGGAUGAGUGGAGGCGGCCGCAGGGGCACAGGAGGAAGGACCUGGCUGUCAUCAGGUACAUGUGCUCCUCCAUCAUGCAGCGAGCAAUGGUCGCCCCAGCCGUCUGGAUCGUGGUCGCCCUCCUGGAUGGCAAGUGCCUGAUCUGCGCCUUCAGCAGCUCCGUGGAUCCUGAGAAGUUCCUGGGCUUCACCAAUGCCACCACAGAGCAGGUGCAGGAGCUGCUUGCCAAGGUGCCCUGCAAAGAGGACGAGCUGGUGGGGAACAGCAUGUCCUGCAGGGCAGUGUCCAGGUACCUGCGCUGUUGGUCCCAGGCCCUUGGCUGGAGCAUUUUGUUGGUGCUCAUCAUAGCAGCUUUCCUCGCCCGCUGGCUCAGGCCUUGCUUCAACCAGGCUGCCCUCCUGCAGACCCGUCACUGGAGCAACUACAUUGACAUUGAGCAGAAGAUUUUUGAGGAAACCUGCUGUGAGCACAGCCGUCUCUUUGCUCACAAAUGCAUCCUCCAUUUCUUUGAAAGCAUGCGGGAAGAGAUCAGGCAGCACAGCUUCGACUUGCCUAAGGAGGAAGAGGAAGAUCUUCUACGAGGCAUCACGCACCAGGAUCAGGUGAACAAACUUCUGAGAAAUUGGUACUAUGAGAAACCUCCCUUGGAUGUGAGCCAGGCAACCCAGAGACAUCCCCCAGGGAGGGAGAGAUCCCCUCCAACCUGGGCAGGCAGCCCCUGUGCCCAGUCUAAAUUCCCCCAACACACCAAUGUGUAAAGGGGGUUUUGUCUCAAAGACACCAGAGCCUUAUCUCUACCCAGAACAGUGCCUGAUGGAUGACAGUGGUGCCCAUGUCUUACUCCAGAACCCCAACCCCAAAGGCUGGGCUCCAGGGCAUCCAGAAAAACUGCCCAGCUGAACUAAUGAGGCUCAGCUCUGAGGAUCCCAAAGUCCCAGACUCAGUUACCAUUCAAGACAUUUCUUAUCCAAGGGCUCUGCAUAGCACUUGUGUCAUCUCCAAGUUCACAGCUCCUUACAUCUGUGAUAAAACCCUUCUGGCUCAAGGAAGGAUUUAACCAAGGCAGCAACA